CUGUUAAAUUGAGCGCAUUGAUCUCAGUGUGCUUGUGUGUAUUUUAAAUUAUGCUAUUUUUUAUCAACAGACAUCAAGCUUUUGUUUAAAACGUGUCCGUCGAUAGUGUUGUGAUUGUUUGAUCCUGAACUCUCGACUAUCGGUGCGGUUCUCCUCGUUACUACAAUGGCGAACCCAACGCCAGAUUCAGUUAAGGUUGCCGUUCGGAUACGGCCCCUAAGCGAUCAGGAACAGGACCGAGGCUGCCGGAUAGUUGUAGAUCAACCAAAUCCGCUGGAACAGCAAAUCGUUAUCGGAAAUGGCAUCAGCGGUAAGCCAGAGGCUUUCACGUUUAAUUAUGCCUUUUCGCCUGACGAUAACCAGGAACAAUUAUACGAGAAUGCAGUACGCCCACUGCUACGAAAGUUGUACGAAGGUUACAAUGUCACAAUACUGGCCUAUGGACAAACCGGCUCUGGGAAAACUUUUACUAUGGGCACUAAUUUCGAUGGCGAAAAGGGUUUGACAAUGGGAGUUAUUCCCAGAGCGAUCAAUGACAUAUUUAAAAGGAUAGAGACGACUGAAGAUGUUGAUGUUAGUAUCAGCUGUUCAUUUAUGGAAUUAUAUCAGGAAACCUUGUACGAUUUGCUGUCGAAGAAAGGCACCAGGGAAGAAAGAGUUGUAGAUAUACGGGAGGCGAAUAAUCAGAUUGUGAUUCCGGGCCUGACUGAAAUUUCAAUCUUUUCGGCGAAUGAUACAUUUGAGGUGCUGAUGCAAGGUUCGCAGGAACGAGCGGUUGCAUCGACGGCUAUGAAUGCCGUAUCCAGUAGAAGUCACGCAAUCUUCACCAUUAAUCUGAUCAAUCGUUCGAAGGGUGAAAAAUCCUCGAUAACGAACAGCAAAUUUCACCUGGUAGAUUUGGCCGGAUCGGAGCGACCUAAGAAAACUCAAGCCACGGGGGAGCGUUUCAAGGAAGGAGUUAAAAUCAACCAGGGUCUGCUGGUGCUGGGAAAUGUAAUUUCAGCGUUAGGUUCUUCCGAAGGACCGCGCAGUCAUGUGCCUUACAGGGAAUCGAAGCUAACCCGUCUGUUACAGGAUUCGCUCGGUGGCAAUUCGGUCACGUUGAUGAUAGCCUGCAUUUCGCCGGCCGAUUAUAAUUGCGAGGAAACGAUCAACACUUUGCGGUAUGCGAAUCGAGCGAAAAACAUUCGGAACAAAGCUGUGGUUAAUCAGGAUCCAAAUCAGGCGGAAAUUCGUCACCUGAAUGCUGUUAUUCAGGGACUACGGAUGGAACUGCUAUCUGCUACUACGGGGAAAGAGUAUCUUGAUGAGGAAGCAAUUCGCCCUUCAACGGCUCCUGAGAAAUAUGUGAUUCGGUCUAUCAGCGAGAAUCAGUUUCCAAAUGGUAUGAUCACAUCAGCCGCGGCUAUCCGAAGGGAGCGAGAAAUGUCGGAAAAAAUACGCACUCUUCAACAGCAACUUCAGAUGGCUCUGCAAGACUUGGCCACAGAUCAACUGCGUUUUAUUUCGAUGGAGAAGCUUAUUGAAGAGAUGGAAGCUCUGCUGGUCAGUAGCUCAGAGUCUGAACUAAAACAGAAAUUACAAACGAGUUUGGUCGCAUACAAGGAGGAAACAGCUUUGAUCAGAAUCGAUGCUCAACAGACGGAUGCAAUGCUAAAUUCGGCAUCUGAGGAUUUCCAGAAUGAGUCAGAUACGCACACUCAGAAACAGAUGAAGAUCAGAGAUGAAUUGCGACAGUUAACCAAAGAAUUGGAAGUGAAGGAGGAACUGCACCGGAAGUGUCUGGGCAACAUUAGCGAUAUGUCGUUUACAGUGAAUUCGACCUGUUGCAGCAGCGUUGAACUGCUCGGGGAAUACGAGUUGAAGAUAAAGGAACUAGAAAAGCAGAUUGAGGAUUUAAGUAGUCAGCUCAACAUGACAAAAAUGGUAGACAAAAAGAAUAAAUUGGCGGAGGAUCGACGGAGGAAAGUUCAACAAUUGGAAGCGGAACUAACCGCAAUGCGCAAGAAAAGCUUACAGCAGACUAAAUUGCUUCAGAUGAAGGAAAAAGACACGCAGCGAGUCGAAAAUCUGAACAGAGAAAUUCAAGCGUUGAAAGCAAUGAAAGUCAAACUUGCAAAGGACGCACGAGCUGAUUGUGAAAGUUUUCGCCAGUGGAAAAAGUGCCGUGAGAAAGAAAUCGGCCAAUUGCGCAUGAAAGACAGAAAACUAACAAAUCAAAUGAAUCGGCUUCAGAUGACCCAUACCAAUCAGCAAAAUGUUCUCAAACGGAAAGUAGAAGAAGCCCUAGCCGUGAAUAAGCGUUUGAAGAUUGCCUUGGAACGGCAGAAAUAUGCUCAAGCGCUGCGAGCCGCGAAACCUCUUGGCAAAUUUGUUCGAGGAGUUGAGAUUCCUUCCUGGAUUGAUCACGAACUGGAACUAAUUCGUUCGGUGAAGCACGCAACGGUCUUACUCAAAACGUUGAUGGACGACCGUGCUCUGCUAAAUGCCAAACUUCGUGACAUGAAAAACCACCCGGAGGAACACGCCGAACAAGAAAUCAAAAAGCAAGAACAAGAUUUAGACCUACGAAAUGCACAGAUUGCCGAUAUUCAGCAGAAGUUGCUUUCCACCGACGUCGAUUCUAAGCAGAAGAUGAUUCUCGAGAGUAUUUUGACGCUUCCGGAGGCAAAACAAGCCAUUAAAAAGCUGCUGUCGAUAUUUUCCGAAACACAGGAAGAGGCAGCAACAAUCCGACAUCAACUUAUGAAUGUCCGACUCUCGGAGGAAGACCUGGAAGAAUCGAAUCGUGGAUUGAUUGCUGAACUUGCAGAAACUAAGCGACGAUUCGCUGACGAAACCAACGAAUUGGCCAAGAUGUACGAGGAAAAACUGUCGGUAUUGCUCAUAUCCAGGCGGAAAUACGCUCGCCGAUCGCAGCAGACAGCCAGCGCAUGCGAUUCGAUCCUUCAGGAAGCGAAUGAUCGGAUGGAGAAAUUGCGCCAGGAACUGGAUUCGAUGAAGGAAAUUAAUUCGCUACUGACAAAACAGCUGGAACAAGUCAACGCUAACCGAGAUCAACGUACGCUACAUUGUGCCAAAUUGGUGCCAGUGGAGCACGAAAGCGAAGAAGAGGACGAGGGGGACUGGUAUACCGAUGUUGGGGAAUCGGAUCUGGAACAGGAUCCCGACUUCCGUGCGACACCGGUUCGAAAACGGAAAAGGUCUACUAGCGUGCGCGAAAUGGUCAUGAAAAAAUACGUCCUCGAAGGUGACCCCAACCAAACUCGGGGAGUGUUGCAAGGACCAUUGCCGAUGUCCAGCUAG